AUGGUACCCGCCAUACUACAAGAUAAUAUGCCAAGAUCAUUUGUGCCAGAAAAUUAUCUACCAAGUGGAUAUCUGAAAAAUAAUGCUGUUCCAUUUCUAACAUCUAAAAGACGUUAUGAACCUCUAGACUAUCCGGGAAAAUCUAGCUCUCAAAGUCCUAUGAAACGUAAAGUGCUAAAUGCAAAUUCUAUUGGACUUUUAUUGCCAAGUCAUUUUAGAACUCCAAGAAAAGCACGGAGGCAUUUGGACAUGUCUAUUGGUUCUGAAUCAUUACGUACUUUAGUUGAGCUUAAUAUGAAGGGUAAAAAGCUUCCAUAUACACCAGAAAUGAGGAAAUUUACCAUAACUUUGCAGUUUUACUCAAAUAAAGCUUAUAAUUUUGUUAGAAAGAGUUUCAAAAAAGUACUUCCACAUCCCAAAACCAUAAGUAAAUGGUAUAAAGUUGUGAAUGAAGACCCAGAUGAGAUGAGCAUAAGAGAAAAAAUUGAACGGGAUGGAACUAAAAUACAUGGCUUUGUUGAUAUGGGAGUUAAUGGACAUUGGAAAAUGCCAAUAGGCUAUUUUCUUGUAGCGGGCCUAAAUGGAAAUGAAAGAAGUAAUUUAUUAAAACAGUGUUUAGUUCUCAUGGGUGAUACGGGUGCCAAAGUGCAUUCGAUCACUUUUAAUGGAGCUUACAGUAAUGGAGAGGAGUAUCUAUUUAAUCAAGAAGAAAAGAAAAUAAGUUGGACUUGGAACCAUAUUAAAAUGUUGUACUUCAAAGAAAAGAAUGAAGGUUUAAAAGCAGCUACAAAAUUGACAAAUAAACACAUAUACUAUUAUAAUGAGAAAAUGAACGUCAAGUUAGCAACACAAGUGUUGAGUAAUAGUGUUGGAAAUGGUCUAAAAUUUUGCAAAUCUUUAGGAUGUGAUGAUUUUAAAGAUAUUGAUGCUGCAGCAAGUUUUGUUUUCUAA